CAAACGCAAUGGAAGCGACGGCUUUGAUCAGACUCAGAGUGUGAAGGAAAUUCAUUAUUUUGAAGUCCAAGAUGGAUGAAGUUGCAGAAGAGUAAAAGCUGGAGUAGAUUUUCACAUCUCUAGAUUUUCACAGGAGGUAGAGCACACUAGAAGAAACAUCAUGUUCCGAGCCACCCACCAAGGUAUUAAACACCUGGUAGUAAGCCAUCGAUACAGCAAUACCCAACGAACACGGUAUCUACCCAGAUACUGUAGAUGUGCCUACUCUCAUCAGGACUCUGAGAGUACCCCUGCUCUACCCAAACAUGCUCAGGUCGUCAUAUGUGGUGGAGGGAUUGCUGGACUAGGCGUUGCAUAUCACCUCUCUAAACUGGGAUUGACAGAUGUUGUCCUCUUGGAACAAGGAAAGUUGACGACUGGCACAACAUGGCAUGCAGUUGGUUUGCUGGGCAUACUCAAGAAGUCCCAUUUCAACACUGUUCUGGCCAAAAUGAGCUGCAAACUAUAUGAAGAUAUAGAAGUUGAAACUGGAAUGAAGACGGGUUUACGACGCUGUGGUAGCAUGUUCAUCGCACAAACUAAAGAUCUGAUGAUAGACCUACAAAAAAGACAUUCGAAAGCACAGGUCUGGGGUAUAGACACUGAGCUACUCCCAAUCAGUAAUGUCCAGAAACUGUUGCCAUGGAUGCGUGUUGAUGACAUAGAGGGCGGUCUACUGAUUAAAGAAGAUGCUUGGAUUGAUGCAAAACAAGGAUGUCUUGCUUUGGCUCAAGCUGUUAGAAACCAAGGUGUGACAAUAAUCGAGGGGACUGGAAUAGACAAAGUUGGAACCACUGAUGGGUGUGUAUCUAGUGUGCAAACAGACAGGGGUACCAUUGAGUGUGACAAGUUCAUCAACUGUGCUGGCAUGUGGGCCCGUGAUGUUGGUCUUGCUAGUUCACCAGAAGUUGGAGUACCUCUCCAAGCAGUCUCCAGACAGUUUCUUAUCACCAAACCAAUCAAGAAUGUAUCUGUAGAUGGAAAAGGACCAUAUGUUCGAGAUCCAGAUAGUUUACUCUAUAUUCAAGAAUACGGAGAAGGUCUUUUGUUUGGAGGUUAUGCACAGAAGGGAAAGCCUGUCUUUACUGAUGCGGUUCCUAUAAAAGCAGAUUCAGAAUUUAUUCAACUUCCAGAAGACUGGGAUCAUUUCCGACAUUUGUUGGAGGGUUUCUUACACCGGGUACCAGCAGCAGCCGAUGUGCAAUUUGAACAACUCUUCAAUGGUCCAGAGAGUUUUACACCUGAUGGGGAGUUUAUCAUGGGGGAAGCUCCAGAGGUCAGUAAUUAUUACAUCCUCGCUGGUUUCAACUCUGUGGGGUUGAGCUUAGCUGGUGGGGCUAGUCGACUUCUGGCCGAGCUGAUCGUUAACGGCCGUACCUCCAUGGAUUUCUGGCCGGUCGAUGUCAAACGAUUUGGCUCGCACCAUAACAGCAAGAGAUUUCUUCAAGCUCGUGUUACUGAGAUAGAAGGUGCUGGGUACCGAACGGGUUACCCGAGUAACUACUCUUACAGGACUGGGCGUAAGCUACGUUGCCCACCCCUCUACUCUAGGUUAGCACAAGCAGGUGCUGUAUUUGGAGAGAGGAUGGGAGUUGAACGACCCAAGUGGUUCAUGAAUGCUGAUGAUACAGAUGAGUUUGCUCUGGAGACGCAACGAGGCACAUUCUUGAAACCUCAAUGGUUCGAUCUCGUCAAGGCAGAGUACUGGGCUUGUAGAGAAGCUGUGUCCUUAAUGGACAUGUCGGCUUUCACAAAGUUCGAAAUCAGAUCUGCAGGCAAUGAAGCUACCAUGUUACUUCAGUAUCUGUGCUCCAAUGAUCUGGAUUGCCCCAUUGGUAGUGUAGUCCAUACAGGAAUGCUGAACGAUAGAGGAGGUUAUGAAAAUGACUGCAGUAUAGCACGCCUUGAUACUAAUAGAUACUUCAUCAUAUCCCCAACCAUCCAACGGAUCAAAGGCUUUCAUUGGAUCAAGAGGCAUCUUCCGUCUGAUGGAUCAGUCACCUUAAAGGAUGUAUCCAAUCAGUUUGCUGGAUUGAAUGUCUUGGGUCCUAAAGCUAGAGAUGUUCUUCAGAGUCUGACCUCGACGUCUCUGAAAGCUGCCGACUUCAAGCCUUUCGUGUGUAAGGAGAUAAACAUUGGCUAUGCUACCAAUGUGAGGGCAAUGACUAUAACUCAUGCAGGGGAGGAUGGUAUGGUACUUUAUAUACCAAAUGAAAAUGCAACUCAAGUGUACGACGCCUUAUUAGACGCAGGAAAAGACGUUGGUAUAACCAAUGCUGGAUACUACGCACUACGAUGGCUGAGAAUCGAAAAGUUUUACUUCUACUGGGGCGAAGAUUUCGAUUCGACAACAACUCCGUUUGAAAUUGGACGAGAAAUGAGAGUCAAGUUUGACAAAGGUGUUGAAUUUAUCGGCAAGGCAGCACUUUUGAAGCAGCGUGAGGAAGGCAUGAAGCGUCGAUUAGCCGGCUUCGUCUUGGAAGACCUUGACAUUGACUCUGAAGUUUGGCCAUGGGGCAGAGAACCAAUUUAUCGUAAUGGUCAGUUGGCUGGAAUGACCACAUGUAGUAGCUAUGGCCCCACACAGGGUAAGAUGAUAUGCCUAGGUUGGCUGACCAAUAAAGAUGAGGCGACUGGUCAGUUAAUGGAAGUGACAUCGGACUUUGUUCAUAAAGCGCAGUACGAGAUCGAUAUUGGCGGCAAGCGUUUUCAAGCAAAGGCUCGUCUGUAUCCAUAUCAACUAGGAGCUAAACAAGGAAGCCUUGGCUGAGAUGAACCAUUAGAAGGAGCUUAACAAGAAAGUCACGGACAUUUCUACUGGAGCAUUUCAAGGACACCGAGGCAUUGACCAGGGGGCAUGGAGGCUGUCGCCCUUUUUUGCUGAAAUACUGGUGGUUUCUUCACUGGGUUUUACCCAUCGCUCUCACUCCCUGAUUCUAAGUUUUACCUGAGGUUGGUUUCACAAACGCAGUCCUAACUUAGAACUAGUCCGAGAAGUUAUUAAACACUUAAGGCUAGUCCUAAGUAAGAACGAGUAACUCGUCCUAACUUAAGUCGUCCUAACUUAAGACUUGUCUAAACUCUUUCUGAAAUCCAGCCCUGGGCUCAGAUGUGAGUGUGCUGUGGAUAAAGUUUUCAGUUGCUGUAUGUUGGUUUGAUGAAAUCAAGCGUUACUUUUUCUUCCACUUUUAAGUGUAAUUAAUUGAAAUAAAAAUAUAAAAAAACUUUUUUUUAAAACCAAUAUGAACAAUAAAAGUACUUAUAAAAGUAAUACUAAAUAAUUCUAGUGAAUUUGAGAAAGUGACCAACUCCAAAGUCCUUAUGGUGCUAUUACAUAACAAGGACCUGCCGCCGAUUUCACAAAACUCGUCCUAACUUAAGAGUAAUCUUAGGACUUGGGACGAGUCCCAACCCUGCA